CUCGACAGAUGCAUCCAUUCGUAGAUCUUCAAAGCUGUGAUAUUUAUGUGCCAGUAGAAGGAAACUGUAUUGGAGCUCCAACUAAAUUUUGUUUCUGUUUAAAGCCAAAACGAAGCAUAGUGAAAACAAGAAGUGACCUGAAAUGGUUUUGUUGCGAGAGUGAAAAGCAAAGAUUAUGUUGGAAAGUGGCCUUGCGGUUAGCAAAGUAUGGCAAAAAACUGAGGGAAAACUACAGACAACUGAAAUUAAGAUAUGGUGACAGUAUAGAGACAAAUGAAAGCCAUCUGCUGUUGGACUACACGAAAAUGACAGCCAGAGUGGCUAUGGACUUCACCGGAAGGUUCAGUAGAGUAGUGAGCAAUCCCCAAGAAGUCAGGGCUAUAGCAGCAGCUGAGGCUCGAGAUUGGAAGGUAAGCUAGAGUUGAAGUAUAUAUGAGUAAGUGUAGCAUAUGCAUGAAUCAUAUAUAUGAGUAAGUGUAGUAUGAAUCAUGUAUACGAGUAAGUGUAGUAUGAAUCAUAUAUACGAGUAAGUGUAGUAUGAAUCAUAUAUACGAGUAAGUGUAGUAUGAAUCAUGUAUAUGAGUAAGUGUAGUAUGAAUCAUGUAUACGAGUAAGUGUAGCAUGAAUCAUGUAUAUGAGUAAGUGUAGUAUGAAUCAU